AUGGAACCCAACUCUCCUACCACUCCCCGCGGUCCGUCGAAGAGAAAGUCCCCCUCUUCUGACACCAACGGCCUCCCGCAACCCCGCAGCCACAAGCGUCAGAGAACCGUGGAGCGCGAGGAGCCUGCAUACAAGCUGAGCGACUCUUCUCCAAACCAGCUCAUCACGUCGCCAGAAAAAACCAUUGAGUCAGAGCACAAAGACGAGGAGUCGGAAGGGGAAACAACGGUGUCAGACCCCAUGAACAUCGAAUCCGAGGGCACAACCGGCAAUCAACCGCACAUGACCGGCGAUCAUAAUCGUCCUCUCCACAGAAAUACUCGCAAACCCAUCUUAGUCUCAGCGGAACCCGAGUUGUCGAAUAGCGACAUUGACGACCUCUUCUCCGAAUCAGAGCUUGAGUUGGACUUAGAAGACGAAGACUUAGACUCCACCACCAAGAAAUCUCCUUCACGCGGAGAACCGAGCAAAAACGAGGACGAGUAUUACAUGGCCAUGUAUAAUAUGGACUAUUACAACUCCCUCUCUGAGCCGGACCUCCGCCGUGAGGCUAUUCGUUGGAUGGAGGAGAACUCUCGUGCUGACCCGAAAGGCACCGUUGUAUAUCCUCCUCCGUGGUACAUCGCCACUCGUUUCGAUCCGCCUCGCCCCAGGAUGUGGAUCAAGGACUUCUUCUCGGGUAGAGUUCGCCCGCGUCAGCUGGUUAAUGACCGGCUGGCCGAGAUGACCGUCGCCCAGAGGGAGAAGUGGGCGAGAGAGCAUGGAAUGGGAGGGCAUGACGAUGAGGACACCGAGUAG